GCCUUGCUCCAAGCACCAAAGGCUGCUGUCCUUGCCUGGCUGUUCAGGAGAGAAGGCCUGCCACCAAGGGACUGCUGUCCUUGCCCGCGCAGAGCCCCUCUCCGAUGCCGUCGCGGUUCAUUGACCUGCACCGCACCGCCACCUUCUCUCCGAAGUGCGGCGGUAGCAACGUGACGAGCAGUGCUGGCCGUGGCGUCGACAGCGGCGGCAGCGGCGCGACCCAGCGCCCGCAAAAGGCGGUGAGCUUCGCGAGCGUGCUGCACGACCGGCCCGGAAAAUCCAGCCCGCGCCUCCGGUCCGGCUCCUCUCGCAGCCCGUCGCGCCGACCGACAAAUUCAACGUCCAGCGAGGAGGUCACAGAGCGGACGGGCAGAAUCGGAUGGGAGCAGGAACAGCCCGGCUGCUGUGCCAACCACUGGGCACACUGCUGCUUCUCCCCUUACACCACCGAUCCCUUGAAGAUCCCUCCGAGGAUCGGCGUCGAGCGAAUCGAGGCGCUGGGCGAGUCGGCAGAGUCGCUGACCCUCAUCAGCGCGAUCGUCCUCUCCAUCUCGAUCGACUGCAUCUUGCAGUCGGCCGACGCGGACCUCUCUGCCGCCACCGAGGAGGAGUGGUGGGAGUAUCAGAAGAACACAUCGGCUGCCCAACUCAUCUGCCUACUCUUGGCGUGCUCGGCCAGCGCCUAUGCGACCGUCUUUGGGCUGCUGUUCGGGCACUACUCGCGCCUGGUCAAGAGCAAAGACCAGUCGAUCUGUGAGCAGGUCCACCUGCCUGCGGAAACAGCCUCGCGGAUGCGAUUGGCGCUGUCAAUGGAGGUGGAUUUGUUCACGGCGAGGUUGCACAACAUGCGCAACGGGAGCCGCAAUUCGAUCUGGGCGAGCCUCAUCCUCCUCCUCAUCGCCGCGGGGCUCAAGGUCAUCAAGCAGGUGCAGGUUGAGGGCGAGGAUCGGGCCGUGGCGGCCGUCUGUGCUGGCACCGUGGUGUCAACCGUGCUUGCGGUGCUCUACAUCAUUCACGUCUUUCGCACGACGCCAAUCGGGCUUAUGAUAGCGAUAAACGGUAGGAGCGGCUAUGAUUGACGCGCGCACCUCUCUCGCCUCUUGUGGUUGUGUCCCACGUCAUAUCCCACGUGUAUCCCAGUGUUGUGCUUUGACCUUUGUGUGUUCAUUGUGACGUGUCGUGCUGUGAUUUAGAUACGCUUGAGGGAAUUACGUCGGUCGAAG